AUGGGGGUGACAAAUUUUGACGAAAAUUCUGCCAUCCUAUUUUUUACAAACAACCUCAGGUCGGGUCCUUUCCACAGCGACCUCGUCCGGAACGAGCCGAAGACGUACACAGAAUUGAUGGACCGCGCCUCGCGGUACGCCAACGCAGAGGCAGCAGAGAAGAGGAAGAAGGAGGAGGAGGAAGGCCGCGGGCGGGGCGACAGGGCACCUCAACCUCAAGAGGACCGCCGUCCUUCCCGGCCGCGCCGUGAUAGGGGUCCCCGACUGGCCCCAUUACGACACCUGACCCCAUUGACGCAACCCGUAAGCGUCAUCCUGGACCAUGCGGAGGACAUGGGCAUCGUGUCGUUCCCCGAGGAGUGCUUGAAGAUCUCCCCCAAGGCCGACCCGAAGAAGUACUGCCGCUUCCAUCGGCAACGCGGGCACGACACCGACGAAUGUAUGGUCCACAAGAGGCAGAUCGAGGAGCUCAUACAACGAGGGUACCUGGGGCAAUACGUAAAGAGGUCCGGGCAGGACCACGCUAAGGGCCCCGACAACGCGCGGAAGAAGAAGGAAGGCGCUGGGCCCUCCACCUCUGCCCCGCGCAAGAGAGAGCUCGGCCAACUCACGGAGGAUGAGGAGACCGAGCUGGACAGCCCGCCAAAGAAGAAAGUCAUCCAUGUCAUAUUUGGCGGCCCGGAAGGAGGAGAUACGCCCGCCGAGAGGAAGAAGUGGGCUCGGAGCCUGUACGUAGGGGAGGUCGUCCGAGCACCCCAUGAGAAGAGGACACGCAGGGAGCCCAUAACGUUCACCGACAACGACCUCCCGGAUGGUCCCCUACCCCACCGGGACGCAUUGGUAGUCAACUUAGAGCUCAAUGACGUCAUUGUCCACCGGAUACUGGUGGAUACGGGGAGCUCCGUGAACGUCAUGUAUUAUGACACCUUCACGCAGCUCGGGCUAUCCAGGAAGCAGCUUUCCCAAGUUCGGACCCCGCUAUCCGGCUUCACCGGGGACUCCAUUGAGACGGAAGGAGCCAUCACCCUCAAAGCACGGAUCGACACCCCACCGCACGUCAAGACAUGGGAGGUGGAGUUCGUGGUAGUGAAGCUCAGCUGCGCCCACAACGUCAUCCUCGGCAGGCCUGCCUUGGAGGACCUCAGGUGCGUCAUCUCUAUGGAGCACCUCUGCCUGAAGUUUCCUACCCCCACUGGUGUGGGCGUCGCGCGAGGGUACCAGAAGGUCAGUCGAAGCUGUUACUUGAAGGCCUGCCGCCAAAUAACGAGGAAGGACCUCCAGGUGCACACAGUAACCGAGAGGACCCUACGGGAAGAAGAGAAGCGGCCCCGCGCCGAACCCGUGGUGGAGACGGAGGAGGUCAUCCUGGACCUCAGCCGGCCCGACAGGAUGGUGAAGGUGGGCACAGGCCUCCCAGCUUACCUCCGAGGUCGGAUUGUUGAGGUCAUCCGCAGCUACAAAGACGUGUUUGCUUGGGGACCCGAAGACAUGCCAGGCCUCAGCCGGGAGGACCCCAAAGCCAAACCUGUCCAGCAAAGGAAGCGCUACCUCGCCGCGGAUAGACGGGAGUUUGUGAAAAAGGAGGUUGACACCCUCCUCGAGAUCGGGUACAUCAGGGAGGUCACAUAUCCGGCAUGGCUUGCGAACGUAGUCCUCGCACCGAAACCACCCACGUGGAGGAUGUGUGUGGACUACACGGACCUCAACAAGGCAUGCCCCAUGGACCCCUUUCCGCUACCCAACAUAGACCAGCUGGUGGACGAAACAGCGGGAUGCGCACUCAUGAGCUUCCUAGACGCCUUCCGCGGGUACCACCAAAUUUUCAUGCACGAGGAAGACGAGGAGAAGACGGCAUUCACCACCCCCGAAGGGGUCUUUUGCUAUCGGGUCAUGGCGUUCGGGCUCAAAAACUCGGGAGCCACGUACACCAGAAUGGUGGCCAAGGUGUUCAAGAAGGUCCUCGGCCGAAACUUACAGGCCUAUGAGGACGACAUGAUCGUGAAGAGCACGGGGGCCGACCUACACACAGCCGACUUGACCGAGGUAUUUUCUAUUAUGAGGCAUUUUGAUUUACGCUUGAACCCCAAGAAAUGCACCUUCGGGGUACACGGAGGGAAAUUCUUGGGUUACAUGGUCUCAAAGAGGGGUAUUGAACCUAACCCCGAAAAAGUCAAGGCCAUCCUGGAGAUGGAACCUCCGAGGUCCCUCCGCGAGGUCCAGCGCCUCAAUGGCCGGUUGGCAGCUCUCGGUCGAUUCCAGUCAAGGUCGGCCGAGAAGUCCUUGCCGUUUUUCGGGGUCCUCAAGAAGAACCAGGGAUUCGAAUGGUCAGACGAAUACCAGAAAGCCUUUGAGGACCUCAAGACGUACCUCAUGGCGCUACCCCCCCUAGCCAAACCGGAGAAAGGGGAGGUCUUGUACCUAUACUUGGGCAUCUCGCAGGCCGCGAUCAGCUCCGUACUGGUCCGGGAUGAUGCGGGAACCCAACGCCCGGUGUACUACGUGAGCAGAGCCCUCCGAGGCGCCGAGCUCAGGUACUCACCCACGGAGAAAGCAAUCUUCGCCGUGGACGCCACGACCAAGAAGCUCGGGCACUACUUCCAAGCACACCCCGUACGGGUCCUCACCAACCAACCCCUUGAGGCAGUGUUGAGGGCCUCAGGGUCGGCAAGCAGGUUGGUCAAAUGGUCCAUGCGGUUGAGCCAAUACGAUGUCCAGUUCAAGCCUAGACCAGCGAUCAAGGGGCAGGCGCUUGCCGACUUCAUAGUCGAGUGCACCGCUCGCGAAGCCGCCGAGCUAGCUCAGAGCGAUGAGGAGGAUUGGUGGACCCUGUCCACGGAUGGCUCAUCCGGCCCCAAAGGAUGUGGUGGAGGGGUGGUACUCGUAACCCCGGAGGGGUUCCGGGCCUACUACGCCCUUCGUUUCCACUUUAAGCUGUCCAACAAUGAGGCUGAAUACGAGGCACUACUGGGUGGCCUCAGGCUGGCAUUGGGUCUGAGGGCCUCCAAAAUAAGGGUGCGGUGCGACUCCCGACUGGUGGUCGGACAGGUGAACGGUGAAUUCGAGGCCAACGAGGAGAGAAUGAGGAGAUACCGCGACGUGGUACUCCAGGUCCUCGGCCAAUUGACCCUCUACGAUAUUUUGCAGGUACCCCGAAGUCAAAACGGGGACGCGGACUUGCUUUCCAAGCUCGGCCUCGGCACCCCAGAGCACGUUUCUAAGAUAGCGAGGAUUGAAGACCUCCAGAGGUCCAGCCUGGAGGCCUACCCCGUCCUCCCCAUACAGACGCGGUCCCCAUGCUGGUUGGACCACCUGAUUGAGUAUAAGAGAACGGGUACCCUUCCAGCGGAUGAGGCAGCCGCUAAGGCAGUCAAGAGGAGAUCACCAACAUACGUCCUCCUUGGGGACACCCUGUACAAAAGGUCCUACAACGGCGCCCUCCUCCGAUGCCUAUACCCGGACGAGGCCAAGUCCGUCAAGGAGGAAAUACACGAAGGCACCUGCGCUACACACCAAGGAGCUUUUGCCAUGGCGAGGAGGGCCCUAUUGCAGGGGUACUUCUGGCCACGCAUGGCCAAGGAAUGCGCAGAAUACGCACGGGGAUGCCCGACUUGCCAGCACUUUCACGCAGAGCCGGGACGGCCAGCGACCAGCUACACGCCCAUCAGCACCGUAAUCCCGUUCUCACGUUGGGGGAUCGACAUCGUCGGGGCCCUACCCAUGGGGUUCGCGAAGAGGAAGUUCAUAAUAGUCGCCAUAGACUAUUUCACAAAGUGGGUGGAGGCGGAGCCCCUCGCCACCAUCACGAGCACCCGGUGCACGGAGUUCAUACGAAGGAACAUUUUAUACCGUUUUGGGGUCCCCAUGCAGAUCAUCUCCGACAAUGGGCGCCAAUUCGAAAGCAAGGAAUUCAAGGCAUUCUGCGACCAGUGGUACAUAAAACACACCCGCGUGGCGGUGGCGUACCCUCAAGCGAACGGGCAGGUGGAGAACGCCAACAGAACUAUAGUCGACGGCAUCAAGAAGAACCUGGACGCAGCGGGUGGAACAUGGGUAGAGGAGUUGGACACCGUCCUGUGGGCAUACCGCACCACCCCAAGAAGGGCUACCGGAGAAACACCAUUCGCGUUGGCGUACGGUUUCGAAGCACGGGCUCCCACGGAAGCGGUGAUACCAUCCUAUCGAGUUGCCACGUACGACCCCGACCUCAACGAGCAACACCACGCCGCCGACCUCCACCUCAUCGACGACAGAAGGGAGGAGGCCAUGGCUCGCGCAGAAAAUUACCAGCGUCAGACGAAAGCUUACCAUAACAGCCGAGUCCGACCCCGUUACUUCCAGGUCGGUGACUACGUCCUUCGGAGGAGGGAGGCAAGCAGACCCCAAGAGGGAGGCAAAUUUGCAAAGAAAUGGGAGGGACCGUACGUUAUCGAGGCCAUAGUACGACCCGGCAGUUACAAGCUAAGGACCACAUCGGGCAAGGUGGUAGACAGGGUCUGGAACUCGGAGCACUUGUUGAAGUUCUAUCAGUAG